ACCCCACCCACCAACCCCACCCCCACACCACCCACACCCCCACCCCACCACCCCCCCCCAACACCACACCCCCAACCACCCACCCACCCACCCCACACCCCCACACCCCCCCCCCCCACCCCACCCCCCCAACACCCCAACCACCCCACCACACCCCCACCCCCACCACCCACCCCACCACCACAACCCCCCAACCACCCACCCCCACCACCCCACCACAACCCCACCCCCACCCCA